AGUCCCAACCGAAUGCCGGAUUAACGAUUUCUUCCUAAGCUCGGUCUCUCUGGAUACUUUCAGAAACCACACACCAGCGGAAGAAAAACGAAAAGAUCUAGCUUCUUCUGAAACCCAGCUUUUUCAACGUUUCACUGGAGGAACGAUAGACUACGAUCACCAUCUUCGAUGGGCAUGUCUUCGGAGGCUACUAUUACGAGGAAGAGGAAGACGCGGAGUGGACAAGGAGGUUUGUCCGUGGCUGAGACUCUUGCCAAGUGGAAAGAGAAGAAUGCCCAGCUUGACUCCCGCAAUGAUAAAUCCAUUCGUAAGGGUCCGGCCAUUGGGUCAAAGAAGGGAUGCAUGAAAGGAAAGGGAGGGCCAGAGAACUCAAUAUGUAAUUACAGAGGUGUUAGGCAGAGGACAUGGGGUAAGUGGGUUGCAGAAAUUCGGCAGCCAAACAAGGGACAAAGGCUUUGGCUUGGUACUUUUUCAAAUGCAGUUGAAGCUGCAUGCGCUUAUGAUGAAGCUGCAAGGACAAUGUAUGGUUCUUGUGCCCGCCUCAAUUUUCCUGAUUUUUCUUCAGCCACCACUUCAUCUGGCGUUUGUUCGGUAGCAACUCAGUCAGGACUUGAUUCUACAAUUACAGUAAAUUCUGAGGUCCCUGUAGUCGAGGAUAUAGAUGUGAAGCCUGUUUCCUCCAAUUUGCAUGGGGAAGUUGAAUCGGGAAUUUCAACUCGGCAUGCUGCAGUAACUGAAGCUUCCAUUCCAAAUAGAACUACACUGACGAAAGCAAAUGAUGAGCCCUGUGACACCCAAAAGGAAUCUACUGGCAUUACGAGCUGUUAUGGGGAUGAUGGACAGAAUUAUUCUAUGAAACCAGAAGCAAAGGACGAGCACCGUGGCACCAAACAGGAAGCUACUGGUGUUAGCAACUGUUAUGGGGAUCCUGAACAGGAUUAUUCUAUGGAUGAGUUGUGUGAUUUGGAUGAACUUUUGGGGCUCUUAGACAAUAGUCCUUCCAUCAACAUUGAAGCAAUACUGGGUUUGGGUUGUGAUGCUGGCCAACUUGGGUUCCCAACAGCAACCUGCGAAAGCAGUCAAAGUGCGAAGCCGGCUGAUCUGCCAUACUGGUUGUAGAAUUUAAAUUUUAGAUGCCAAGUUGCUAGGGAGUCUGUAUUAUGAGUAGAAAACUCCCAAAAGUUGUAUGACUACUUGAAAUCAGAUAGGCAGGGUCGUCGGGUUUUCAGAUUUUGAAGGAGAUAAAGCCUGUUUGAUAUGGAAGACUUGUAUUCUUUAAUAUUGCUAACUAUGCUGAUUCUCUAUGGGUUUUAGAUUGGGGAAUUUAGCCUUUUCUUUUAACAGUUGUAACCUCUUUCACUUGUGACAACACAUAAUCAAAUAGAACGACGAAGUUUUGGUUGUA